AUGACGAAGGGUGCCAUCCUCGCACUCAACAGCGAUACCUUGAAGAUGGAGCGGCAGAAGCUUCUGCGUGCUCAAGAGAAUGAGCGAGCCUGGCUGAAAUCCGCCUUGCAGUGCGAGCUCAAUCAGCUCAAGCAGUUGGAGCAUGCCAACCUGGUGCUGCAGGGCGAGGCCAAUGACAAGGAGGAGAAGAUGAGGGAACAGUCUCGGAAGCUAAAGGAGUUGAACGACAAGCGUGCUGUCGAAGAGGAGCGCAAGCAGAUGGAGAUGGAAGCACGGCAGAAGCUCGAAAAGCAGCUUGCAAAAGAGGAGUUCCACAAGCAGCAACUCGAGCUUCAGAACAAGGCGAAGUUGGAUGCCCAGAAGUCGAAGGAAGCCUAUGAGAGGCAAGUUCGAGACGCCGAACGCAAGCGGGAGAUUGAAAGGGAGAAGGCUGCAAAGCGAGAGCAGGAGUACCGCGAUCUUCAAGCACGCAAGGAUGAGAUGAGGGCCCAAGAUCAGCGCAGGACUGACCUCAUGGCGCAGAAACAGGCGGCUUUCCAGGAUUUCCUGCGGGAGCGCAAGGAUGCGAGGGACAUGCGGAUCUACAACAGCAUUCAGGCGAACCAGGAGCUGGAACAGAAGCGCCGGGACGACUUCGAGAAGAAGCAGGCGGAUGACGCAGCGCGUGAGGAGAGGCUGAUGCAAGCACUGGCCAUCAAGCAGGAGGAGAGCGCGAAGAGGUCCUUCCAGACGAUGAUGAAACGCCAGGUCAUCAAAGAAGAGGCGAUGCGCCGCGCAGAAGAUCGCAGAAUGGCCAUCCUGGACCAGCAGGAGGAGACUGAGUAUCGGCUCAUGGAGCAUGAGGCCAAGAAAGAGCGAUACCUGGAUUUCAAGCGUGAGUUGGACGGCCUGCGCGCCAAGAACAAGGAGAUUAACGUCGAGCGCCAGAGAAGGCGUGAGGACUUCGAGCGCGAGUCUGUCGCGGACGCGGUCCGCAAGAAGGACGAUAAGAUCGAUCAGCUCAAUGCGGAGCGCCAGCGCAUGUGGGAGCUUCGAAGAGCCGCUCAGGCCGAGGCCUACAAGGCCAGAGAGCAGGUGAAGAACGAGAUCUUGAAGCAGCGGAUUCAGUCGAAGUUCGACUCCAAGAGCUUGGAGGACAAGUUGGGGAAUUUGAUGAGGAACGACCUCUUCAGUGCCAAGGUCCUACAGUCGAGCCAUUCAUUGCCUACCCUGAGGUCUACAGGUCCCGUGCAGGAGGGUUAG